GUGAAAUAACUGCGACCGUAAUCAGAUUAUGAGAACAGUCAUCAUUCCGGAACUUUUUUUUAUUGACAGUUUUUGUAUCAUACGAUGAAUGGGGAAAGUUUAAUAAUAUUGCAAACGAUGACGGAAAGUUUAAGAUAAUACUUAAUUAUACCAAAUAAAAAGUAGCAUUUAAGCUGCUUGAUUAUUAUAUCUAUUUGAGAUUCAAUAUAUAAAUACUUGGAGUUGUUUUGAGUGUUGUCGAUUGCAGUAUAAACAAUAAAUAGUAAUUAGAAAUGAUUAUCCUAACUAUAAUUGCUCGUGUUGGUGACGGUUUAAUUUUGACAGAGUCAGUUCAGCAUGAUGAAGAGACUGGUAAAACAACUUAUGAAUAUCACAACCAAGCUAAAUCAAUUUUGCGGAAGUUGAACAAUCAGUCUGUUCCUGUUUGUAGCAUAGAAACUGGACCAUAUUAUUUUCAUUACCUUAUUUAUGAAAAUGUUUGCUACCUGGCUUUAUGUGAUAAAUCAUUUUCCAAAAGACUGGCAUUUGCAUAUUUGGAGGAUUUAAAAAAUGAGUUCAGUACACAUUAUGGUAGAAUGGUCUUAACAGCAAUGAGACCCUAUACAUGUAUUGAGUUUGAUAAUUAUAUGCAAAAGGCAAAGAAAUCCUAUUGUGAUAACCGUGCCAGACGGAAUCUCACACACCUGAAUACAGAAUUACAGGAUGUGCAGAGAAUAAUGGUUCAAAACAUUGAUGAUGUUUUGAAUAGAGGAUCUGCUCUCUCUGAGUUGGAUUCCAAAGCUAGUAACCUUUCUUUGUUAUCUGAAAAAUACAAGAAAGAUGCUCAUUUUUUGAAUAUAAGUUCAGCUUAUACAAAAUUAGCUGCUGCUGCAACUGUGGUAUUUGUAGUGUUUUUAUAUUUUUGGAUAUUGUAAAAAAAAUUCUACAUCCAAGCACUUUUCUUAUGUAUCUCUAUUAAUUUUAUUUGUGAGAUAUAAGGUUUGACAUUUAUUUUUUUAACUUAACCUAGAAACUAUCAAAUUAAACAAUAAUAUUAAUAAAAAUAAUAUGACAACUUUAAAAUCUUUUAAAUCCUUCAAAAUUUUAUUUGCAUUAUAAAUUGAAUUAAUUUCAUAAGAAACAUUUUUUAUUUAUUUGUUAAUUUUGUCUUUCUAGUGAUUGCUUUAUUUUUUCAUGUUAUUAAGAAGAAAAAAAGAAAAUUGUAUGGAGUGAAAUGGAAGUUAUGUAAAUUUUAGAAUGUGAACUUAUAAAAUUUGUAUAGAGUUAAAUCUGUGGGUAACUGAUAUUUUGAUCUUUUUAUAUAUUUACCAAAUAAGUUUGUAGUAUAUGUUAGUUUAUAGUAUACUAUUAAUAAUAUAUUAUGAACAUGAAUUUUUGUCAAUUUAAUUUUAUUGCCAAUUUUUUACAAACACUUUGACUAACAAUAAAAAUUAUACAAAUUGCUGUAAUAUUGUGCAAUUUAAUAUUCAAAAUUUAGAUUUUUAGAUUUAAAUUGUGGUACACAAUUAUAAUCUAUUCUCUAAGAAUGUACCAUAAUACUCUUAAUAAGUAUUUUGAAAAAAGGAUUUGUGUUUUUACUUCUUAUUCAUUAAAGUGAUAUUGAUUACCCAUUGAUUUGCCUCAAUACAUACUCAAUUUAGCUCAAACUAGUAUUCAUAAUCUAGUUUUAUUAAAAACAGUAGUUGUAGGCUCAAUAAAUUUUUGAAAUAUUUAAAGUCUGACUUACAUAUAUACAUACAUAAUACUAUUAUAAAGCCUGUUAUUGUUUCCUUCCUGUAUUUUCUGAUGAACUUUGUAGAUAAAAAUUGUUAUUUUGAUAUGUAAAUUCCAUUCCAAUUUGUUGAAUUUCCUUCCAUGUAUUUUAUAAGAAUAUUAAUAAAAAAUAUUCCUACAAUUAAAA